GAGGAAGCCGGUCUCACGGACGCGCUCGUGCUCUUGUUCACGUCCAUCUUCGCGGUGACGCUCGUGUCCAAGAUCCCGGGCGGGUCCCCCGUGCUCGGGUUCCUCCUCGGCGGCGCCAUGAUCGGCCCGUACACCACCGGGCUCAUCGGCCACGUCGAAGGCGCCAAGGUUCUCGCCGAGUUUGGCGUCGUCUUCCUCCUCUUCAACAUCGGCCUCGAGCUCUCGCUCGAGCGCCUGCAGAGCAUGGCGAAGUACAUAUUCGGCAUGGGCAGCGCGCAGAUGCUGAUGUCCACGCUCGUGGGCGCGACGAUCGCGUGCGCGUGCGGCCUCGCGGUGCCCCCCGCGGUGGUGAUUGGCAUGGGCCUCGCGUUUUCGUCCACCGCGGUGGCGUUGCAGGUGCUUCAGGACCGCGGAGAGACGGGGAGCCGGCACGGCCGCGCGACGUUCAGCGUCCUGCUGUUCCAGGAUCUCACCGUCGUGCUCGUGUUCAUGCUCGUGCCGUUGCUCGCGGGGCCGGACAGCGGGUCCAUCACCGCGAUCUGCGGGUCGCUCGCGAAGGCGAUCGUGAAGACGGUGGCGGCCAUCGGCGUCAUCAUGGUGAGCGGCCGCGCCAUCCUGCGUCCCAUCUACCGCCGCAUCGCCAACCUCGGAAAGGCGGAGGUCCUGACCGCGACGACGCUGUUCGUCGCGCUCGGGACGUCGCUCCUGACGCAAUCGCUCGGCCUCUCCAUGGCUCUCGGCGCGUUCCUCGCUGGGCUCUUGCUCGCGGAGACGGAGUUCCACCUACAGGUGGAGUCGGACAUCGCGCCGUUUCGCGGGUUGCUCCUCGGGCUCUUCUUCAUGACGGUCGGGAUGCAGAUCGACCCGAGCGUGUUGAUGUCCAACUCGUUCAACAUCAUCGUCAUGGCGUUUGGGCUCCUCGUCGGGAAGUUGGGCGUGAUGGCCGUCUGCGGGCCGCUGUUCGGGCUCCCUCUGCUCGCGUCGCUUCGCUCCGGCGUCUACGUCGCGCCCGGCGGCGAGUUCGCCUUCGUCACCUUCGGCCUCGCCGCGAGCGCCGGGUUGUUGACCAUGGACGUCGUCAACCAGAUCAACCUCGCGGUCGUCCUCACGAUGGCGCUGACGCCGCUCCUCGCCAACCUCGGCUCGAAGCUUAAGGACGUUCUCAAGCAAGACGACGGCGUCGUGUCCUUGCAGGCGAAGGAGGGCGAGAACGACGACCUGAGCGGGCACGUCAUCGUCGCCGGGUACGGCCGCGUCGGCCGCAUCAUCGGCGACUUGCUCAACGAGCAGCUCAUCCCGUUCGUCGCGCUGGACAUCUCCGCGGAUAACGUCAACGCAGGGCGCUCGAACGACAUGCCGGUGUACUUUGGCGACGCCGGCGCGGAGACGGUGCUGCACGCCGUCGGCGCGGCGAAGGCGUCGUGCGCGGUUGUGACGUUGGAUACGGCGGAGAGCAACUACCGCGUGGUGUACGCGUUGCAGAAGCAUUACCCGGACGUCAAGGUGUACGUGCGCGCGAAGGACGUCGCGAACGGGCUGUUGCUCGAGAAGGCGGGCGCGAAGGCGGUCGUGCCGGAGACGCUGGAGCCGUCGCUGCAGCUCGCCGCGGCGGUGCUCGGCGAGAUGGACAUGUCGAACGAGGACAUCUCCAUCGCGGUGGAUAACUUCCGCCGGACGCACAUCCAGGAUCUGAAGCAGCUUCAGCAGAACAGCGGCGGCGGGCUCGGGUACGGG